GCCUCGGGGAGGCUGCCUGGCUGCUAAGGAGUAGGGCGGGGUUUGUGGCGUCACUCUCCACGCCCACCGCUCGUGACGUCACGGUGCCCUCAUCAUCAUCGUUGUUGUUGCUGUAGUCUUCUAUAAUAAUAAAGUCCGCACUGCAAAAAAAAAAAAAAACCACCCAAGGCGUCAGAGGCCAGACUUCUUUGGCCUUCCUCGGCCGCCGUAGCCGCCCUCUUCUUCCCGGAAGUGUCUCCAUAGCGACUGGAGACUUCGUGGCAGGCUGCGGCCUAGUAGAGGAGAGAGAGACCUGAUGGAGAAAUACGAGCGGAUCCGAGUGGUUGGGAGGGGGGCCUUUGGGAUCGUCCACCUUUGCCUGCGCAAAAUGGACCAGAAGCUGGUCAUCCUGAAGCAGAUCCCGGUGGACCAGAUGACCAAAGACGAGCGCCUGGCCGCCCAGAACGAGUGCCAGGUGCUGAAGCUGCUCCACCAUCCUCACGUCAUCCAAUACUACGAGAACUUCCUGGAAGACAAAGCCCUCAUGAUUGCCAUGGAGUAUGCCCCAGGUGGCACAUUGGCAGAGUUCAUCCAUAAACGUGGGAACUCCCUCCUGGACGAGGAGAUGAUCCUCCACUUCUUUGUCCAGAUCUUGCUGGCCCUGCACCAUGUUCACACUAAACAGAUCCUCCACCGGGACCUCAAGACACAGAACAUCCUCCUGGACAAGCACCACAUGAUUGUGAAGAUUGGCGAUUUUGGCAUCUCCAAGAUCCUCAGCAGCAAGAGCAAAGCUUACACGGUGGUGGGCACUCCAUGUUACAUUUCCCCGGAGCUCUGUGAAGGCAAACCCUACAACCAGAAGAGCGACAUUUGGGCCCUGGGCUGCGUCCUGUACGAACUCGCCAGCCUGAAGAGGGCAUUUGAGGCUGCGAACCUCCCAGCAUUAGUGCUGAAGAUCAUGAGUGGGACCUUUGCUCCCAUCUCGGACCGCUACAGCCCUGAGCUGCGCCAGCUCAUACUCAGCCUCCUCAACCUGGACCCCUCCAAGCGGCCUCAGCUGAACGAGAUCAUGGCUGAUGCCAUCUGCGCCCGUCCUCUCCUCAACCUCUACACUGACGUGGGCAGCGUCAGGAUGAGAAGACCUGAGAAACCAUUAGCCACAGUUCCACCAGUGUCCCACAGCAGGACUGGCGCAGGAGGGGUCACUUCUCGAGCCCGUGGCUCCAGAGCUGGCUCUGCCCGGCCCGGCCUCCCGCCCGCCCUGUCUUCCAUCUACACCUGGGGGGGAGGCAUCACCACCCCACUGCGUCUGCCCAUGCUGAACACAGAGGUGGUGCAGGUUUCCACCGGCAGGACCCAGAAGGCCGGCGUCACCAAAUCCGGGCGCCUGAUCAUGUGGGAGCCUCCCCCAGUAGGCCUGACUGGGGGCCCGUCCCUCCCAGGGGCCACUGAGCAGCUUCAGCCCCAGUUUGUGUGCCGGUUUCUGGAGGGCCAGUCGGGGGUGACCAUCAAGCAUGUCGCCUGCGGAGACCUCUUCACCACAUGCUUGACAGACCGAGGGAUUGUCUUGACUUUUGGAAGCGGCAGCAGCGGUUGCUUAGGGCACGAGACGCUGGUGGAUGUGAGCCAGCCCAAGAUAGUGGAGGCCUUGCUGGGCUAUGAAAUCAUGCAAGUGGCCUGUGGUGCUUCGCAUGUCUUGGCCGUUUCCAAUGAAGGAGAAGUCUUUGCCUGGGGCAGAGGGGACAAUGGGCGCCUUGGUUUGGGGACGCAGGAUUCCCCUAGCACCCCCCAGCAGGUGUCUAUCCCUGCUGACCAUGAAGCCCAGAAGGUCCUCUGCGGCAUCGAUGCCUCCAUGAUCCUGACCGCCAGGAACCAGAUUCUGGCCUGUGGGAGCAACAGGUAUAACAAGCUGGGUCUGGACAGGAUCCCAGCCCAAGGAGAGUCCCUGCCCACAGAGCAGGUGGAGGAGGCUCUGCUUUUCAGCCCCAUCCGCUCGGCCCCUUUGAGCGAAGAGGGCAUUGUGUGGGCAGACAUUGGGACGGCCCAUUCUGCAGUGGUCACAGCCUCGGGCCAGUGCUACACUAUUGGCAGCAACCAGCAUGGCCAAUUGGGCCCCAUCCCGUGCCGUGCCAGCCGGGCUCCGUACCUGGUGGAGGGUCUCCAGGCCAUCAGGGUCGCCAUGGUGGGCUGUGGUGAUGCCUUCACUGUUGUUGUCGGAGCAGAUGGUGAUGUUUGGACGUGGGGCAAAAGCGCCCGGGGCCGCCUGGGACGGAAGGACGAGGAAACACGGAGCCCACGGCUGGUGCAUCUGGGAGAAACACACCCCAUCCAGGUGGCCUCCGUCUCCUGCUGCCAUGGAAGCACCCUCCUGGCUGUGAAACCCGCAGUGGAGGAGCCCAGUUCACAGUGAAGGAAUCGGCUAGUUGGGGCAAGGAAGACGGGGCUGUAGAGGCCUAUGAGCCAGGAGGCCAUUUGGGAUCUUCCGCUCUGGAAGGAACACAACUGGGCCAAAAACUGGUUGGCACGAUCCAGUCAGUCUCCUUAGGUGAGGACCGUCCUUUGGCCUCUUCUCAUCUGGGGACAAGGGUCAGUUCUGGAUUGCUUCUGAAGAGGGAGUCAGUGGCCAAGCUUUGACUGCCCUGCAGCCAUUUUGCCCAGAGAGAGAACAAGAGAUAGCAACGCAUGCUGGGAAGCGGCUCUCUCUUGCAAUGGCAAAAGGAUUUUUUUCUCUCUUGCUGUCUAAAGCGUGACUUUCGGGGGGGGGGGAGCCGCGGGGCAACGUGGGUUUAUUUUUGCCAUCCUCUCUGGCUGACUCAGACGGAGCUGCGUAGGCUUUCGCACUCCCCUUCGGAGAGAACCAUGGCCCAAACCCAGCCACCCCCAGGCGCUUCCCGGCGUGACUCAGUGCCAGCCUUU